AAGAAGUAUAAAUGUAACGUUUGUGACAAGACGUUCUCGAGAAGCAACACCCUUGUGACGCAUAAGAGAAUACAUACUGGAGAGAAACCAUUUAAAUGUGAAGUUUGCGACCGGGCAUUUCGACAACCAGGGAAUUUGACUCGACACCGUUUAACUCAUACUUCCAUUAAACCCUAUGUCUGUACAGUUUGUAACAAGGCGUUCAACAGAGCCAGCAAUCUUCAGACUCAUAUGAGAAUUCAUUCU